ACAGGUGUUCAGAUAGUCCACCUUUCGACUGCUUCUGUCCUUAGUUCAAUUUUCACAAAGUUUCCUAAUCUGAACUCCCGAUUUCCCGCGUCCAGAGGUCAUAAUGACCGUCAUUUUCUCUCUCCGGACAUUGGGAGUACUACUCGGUGCUGUGAUAUCACACACUAAGGCACAGAAUACGGUAGAGGAACCAUCAGCAGAGGUGGUUCUCCCCUGGAAUUAUGAAAGAUACUACAGCACGUCACCUAGCAGCCAGUCUGUUACCACGGCAACAGUUGCCACGACAACUGAAUCUAACUCCCUUUGGUCAUCAGAUGCAGACUUUUGGGACCAGUAUUCAGAAUAUUUCCAAAGUCUUAAUGUUGCUGCAUCUCCAGACGAGAAUAGUGCAGAGGCACAAUACUCCACGACGCCAGCUACUACACGUGCUGCUCCAACCACUACGCAGGCGCAGCAUGACGAAGAACAUGCGAUAGAGGGCGACACAUACUCUGACUACUGGACGAUGUUUCAGCAGUUGUUUGCACCCGACCAAUACAGCAGCCAACCGACCACGCCCAUCACAACCGUUAUGACCACUACAACAACAACACCGACACCAACUCCCACCGUGCCGACAACAGUAAAGUUAUCAGUAAACGACCCGUAUCAGGCAGGAGCAGGUCAAGCUUCAGAUGACCCAUAUAACAACUACUGGUCAUCAUUUAUGAAAGUCCUAAAGGAAAUAUACCAAUGGCAGGCCACCAAUUCUGUUCGAGCUGUUACAACAUCGGAUUCAUAUCAGCCGGGGAGCGUGGAAGAGCCGAGCACUGAGAACGGCCUGAUCCAAACCGAUGCAACACCGGCUGAAAAUCAGGACAUCGAUUAUGUCUCCCAAACUCCAGUCCCAGCCAGCUCUGUGGAAUCAAAGAAAGCUGCUGUUCAGGGGUCAGCCCAAGUUGGUUCUCCGUCCCAAAGCAAUUCAAUAGUUUACCGAGAACAGCCACCAGCAACACCGGCUGAAAGUGAUCCUGCUUCGGUGUAUCAAGGAACCCUUACAGGAACACCAGAUGAAAUCCAGUCUGCUGGGUCAAUUCAGGCAUCUUCUGCAGAACACAGUUAUCAGGGCGUUGAACCACCAGCGCCAUCUGAUGUGAGUUAUCAAGGAAACGAGCCAGCAACCCUGGCGGAAAGUCAGCCCACUCAGCUGUACCAAGAUUUGGAACCGGCGUCCCCGGAUGAAGGUGCUCUAGUUACAAAUAAUCAAAUACUCCAUUCAGGGACUCCAGAAGAGGGCAGCACUAUCACCAAGUUCCAGUCAGACAUAUCAGCCCUUACAGCGGCAGGCAUGCCUGUGGCAUCUCCAGAUGAAGGCACUCCUGCCACAGUGACAUACCGAGGAACUGAACCAGCAUCAUGGAUACCGUCCUAA